GGGAUUGGAUGGCUCCUGAUGAUUAGGAUUUAUAAAAGCCAGUGAUGGAAAGUCACUAGCAGUCGAUCAGGCAUGAUGAAGGUUCUUCUGCUUUUGGGACUGGUAGCAGUGGCUCUCUGUGAGCCAACCCACUAUGUUGGGGAUAAAGUUUUCCGCCUGUGGCCUGUAAGCGAUACACACAUAUCAUUCAUCAAGGAGCUGGAGAGCAACGUAAAGGUGGACUUCUGGAGCCCUGACAGUGCUGACCUGGUCGCAGUUCACACUGAUGUCGACAUCCAUAUCCCUGCUUCAUACAUAGACAUGGUUUCCGUCAUGCUCCAACAGAGCGGCAUGGAAUACCAAGUGCUGAUUGAGGAUGUUCAGACAGCUGUAAGACAACAGUUUGACAACAUCAGACAGACCAAAGCCCAUGACUACAUGAAGUACAACAGCUGGGAAAAUGUCGAGGCCUGGGUUAACUCCAUCACCUCAAGCAACCCUGCACUGAUCAGCAGGUCGACGCUCGGGAAAUCAUAUGAGGGCCGCUCCAUGCACCUGCUCAAGAUCGGUAAGAACACCGGCUCCACCAAGCCCGCCAUCUUCAUGGACUGUGGAAUCCACGCCCGCGAGUGGAUCAGCCCUGCGUUCUGUCAGUGGUUCGUCCAGGAGGCCGUGUCCACCUACGGAAGCGACCCUCAGAUGACCAGCUUGCUGAACAAGAUGGAUAUCUUUGUGCUGCCUGUGUUUAACGUGGAUGGAUAUGCACACACCUGGAAGAGUGACAGGAUGUGGAGGAAGACUCGCUCUCGCAAGACCGGGUCCAGCUGCAUUGGUGCCGAUCCCAACAGGAACUUCGACGCCGGCUGGUGCACAUUGGGAGCUUCCAGUAACCCCUGCAGUGACACGUACUGUGGAUCUUCUGUGGAGUCAGAGAUUGAGGUGCAGAAUGUGGCAAACUUCAUCCGCAGGAACAAGUCUAUCAUUAAGGCGUACCUCACCAUCCACUCGUACUCUCAGCUCCUCCUGUUCCCAUACUCCUACAAAUAUGAUCAAGCCAAAGACCAUGCCGAGCUGAUGAGCGUGGCAGUGUCUGCAUCAGAAGCACUGCGCAGUCUGUAUGGCACUCGCUACACCAGUGGCCCUGGAGCAACCACCAUCUACCCUGCUGCUGGAGGUUCUGAUGAUUGGGCUUAUGAUCUUGGUGUGAAAUAUUCGUUCACCUUUGAGCUUCGUGACACCGGCCGCUACGGCUUCCUGCUGCCUGAGUCCCAGAUCAAGCCUACAUGUGAGGAGACCAUGCUGGCUGUCAAGUACAUCUCUGACCAUGUGCUUAAAAACCUGUAGUGAGAGAAAAAUGUGCAACAAUGCAUGCAUGCAAGUGCUGGAAAAUAAAACAUAUAAUAAAACAAAAGUGUAAGUUUGCCUUCA